AUGGCCAUCUCAAAUCAGCAGACAGAGAAAAGAGAGCUCUUUGGUGGUGCGAUCACUUUGGACAUGCCUCAAGGGCUGAUCGAUGCUUCCGACCUUCGCCAGAUACCAGACAAUCAAGAGGUACUUCUGAGUCCGAGCUCGGAUGUCACUUGCAUUGUCGAGGUUUUGGAAAGCGUCAAAGAGGGGGAGGCAAAAGAUGAUACCGAGGCGGCUUUGCGCUUCCACUUCUCCUCUUUGGCGCACGACAAUGACGCCGAGUCAUCACGUAUCCUCACGCUUCAGCCCUCACCAGCGUCCGCGUCUUCCAGCGACUCGGACCCUCCUUCUCCCUCCCUCCUCACCGGCGUUCAGCAAGUCCGAAAAUUCGCCAAGCCAGAUCAGCCGCUUGACAACGUCCUGAUCCAUUUUGCGCUGUAUCGACUGGCGCCGAGGAAGGACGUCGACUUGGUCAUGAGCUGGAACGAGCCGCUGAAGAGCAGCGAUGGAAGGACAGAGGAGACGCCACGAGGCGAUGCCAACGUGGCCGAGGCCUUCAGGCGGGCAGCGCAAAGUCUGAAGAUUGUAGAUUGGGGUCUGUUUCAGUAG